CCGACCAUUCUCAAUCACUCUCACCGGUCACAAAAAAAAAAACAUAAAAACAAAAAAAGAAGAAGAAAAGUUCUAAUGGCUGCCUCAACCAUGGCUCUGUCCUCCCUCGCCUUAGCCGGAAAGGCUGUGAAGCUCUCACCAGGAGCCUCCGAAGUGUUUGGAACCGCCCGUGUCACCAUGCGCAAAACCGUCAAACCCACCGGUCCAUCAGGCAGCCCAUGGUACGGAUCCGACAGGGUUAAGUACUUGGGUCCAUUCUCCGGCGAGCCCCCAAGCUACCUCACCGGAGAGUUCCCCGGUGACUACGGAUGGGACACCGCUGGUCUAUCCGCUGACCCGGAGACCUUUGCAAGAAACCGUGAGCUAGAAGUUAUCCACUGCAGAUGGGCCAUGCUUGGAGCCCUAGGAUGCGUUUUCCCUGAGCUAUUGGCUCGUAACGGAGUGAAGUUCGGAGAGGCUGUUUGGUUCAAGGCCGGUUCGCAGAUCUUCAGCGAAGGAGGGCUCGACUACUUGGGCAACCCGAGCUUGGUCCACGCUCAGAGCAUCUUAGCCAUUUGGGCUACUCAGGUGAUCCUCAUGGGAGCUGUUGAGGGUUACAGAGUCGCUGGAGACGGACCAUUGGGAGAAGCAGAGGACUUGUUAUACCCAGGUGGUAGCUUCGACCCAUUGGGCCUCGCUGCUGACCCAGAAGCGUUCGCGGAGUUGAAGGUGAAGGAGAUCAAGAACGGAAGGUUGGCUAUGUUCUCCAUGUUUGGAUUCUUCGUUCAGGCAAUCGUUACCGGAAAGGGACCGUUGGAGAAUCUCGCUGACCAUUUGGCUGAUCCAGUCAACAACAACGCAUGGGCUUUCGCCACCAACUUCGUCCCCGGAAAGUGAGCGAGUUGAAGCUUAGCAAGAGAAAGAGAGUUCGUUUGUGAUGUUUCUUUUAAGUAAAUUUGUGAAAUUUCCAUUGUCGUACCAUUGUAUUAUUUAUCAGACAUUGAACCUCUUUUUCUCAACUCUGUUGGCGUUUUAACAAAAGACUCUUAAUGAA